AUGGAGUUCCGCGGCGCAGGGCAGUUCCCGUCGCUGACGCCGCGCAUCAGCGAGCUGUAUGGCGCCAGCGGGGGCGUGUUCCGUGUAGGCGAAGCCGACGCGUAUGCGCAGGACUUGGACGAGCUGGAGCGCGAAGAGCGCGCGCUGGAAAACAUGGUGCAGGCUUUGGUGAACCGCCCGGCUGCGGUGCCGAUUGGAGUGAAAUUCCACCGUGAAGGGGCCGGCGCAAUGCUGCAACAGCCAGUGGCGACUGGCGCCGACAGCUCCAGAGCCGGGGAAGUGGCUGUGGACCCGGAUAUGCGCUUCAUGCAGGCGAAUUCGUCCGAGGAGGAGGAAGUGGAAGACGAAGACGAAGAAGAUCUGGACGAGGACGAGAUGAUGAUGGACGAGGACGACGAGGAGGAGGAGACGACGGGUAGAGCGACGAUAGUUAGAGGGGAAGGGCCACCUCAAAGAUAUGAUUCCUUUGAAAGGGAGGAGUCGGAUGAGGAGCCGAUGGACGUCGAGCCUCAAUUCGACGAGGAGCUGCCGCCUCCAAGUGACUGGCAGUAG